UAAACAUUCAAAUCCACGAUGGCACGAUCAAGACAACGGAAUGCUUCCUCAUCUUCCUCUUCCAGAACAAGCAUCGCAUUCGCAAGGACUCUUUUCACGACAGCAACCUCCUCUUCGUCAUUGCUAUUACGAUGCCUGAUAGCCAGUGUGGCGGUGGCAUCUUUCGGCGUGGUUGUCACGACAUUGUAUUGGAUUCACCUUGAGGAGAAUCUGGUUUGUAGAACAAGUGAUGGAGGAGCAUCCUCUUCUUCAUCUGUAACAACUUUAACUUCUUCUUCAUCUUCGUGUACGGAUGAUGUCAAGAACCUCUCCAGUGGAACCAACAAGAAGAAAACGAGGGCUUUGGUGAUAGUUUCGGGAAAGGCGAGCACCGCAGACUUUGGACGUGAUCCAGCACGUCUUUUUACUGAGCUCCAUCCGUCGUCCAGUGAUUUCGACAUCUAUGAACUAGUUUGCAGAGUAGACUACGAGGAUCGGGCACGACCUAGGCCAACAUUCCCUAUUCAAACUGGUGGAAAAGAUGUCGGGAUGAUCUCUUCAUCCUCGACAGAGGCAGAAUCUACAACUUCGUCGAGUUCAAAGUCCUCCUCUUUAACUUUGAUGCCAUCAACGUCUUCAACGUCCCUUUCUUCUAGCACACACAGAACGCGAGGAAGUGGCGGUGGGACUGUGUCAAAAACUCUGGCAUAUUGUGUGGAGCGAGGUGCAGAAGCAGAGCAAGUAGGUGGAAUCCAACCAGGACGUCCAGGGGAAUCGCUGGCUCAGUGGAUCAAGAGUGACCUGAU